AUGUUUGAGCCACUCAAGCAGACAAUUGACAUGUUGAAGACUUGUGGAGUGGAAAUGUCUGAGAAAGUCUAUCUCCAGCUGGAGGUUGGUUGUGCGACUUUGCACAUUUGUUCCAUUUGUUAUUGAUGUGAUGUUUGCUAUUAAAACUAGAGAUAUUUUUAACAUUUGGGAAUUGAUGCAUCAUGGUUGUUUAUUGAUCUUCCUUAAAGUAAUGAGCAAGAAACUCUUGCUUGAGUCAAGUUGUCUUACUAGAAAGUGCUAUAGUAAAAUAUAAAAGUUUCAUUCAGAACUUGCUGGCUGGGAGAUCCACCUUUUAGUUCUAGUUGUCAAAAAGUUUGUCAGAAGUUUAGCCCUAAUAUAUACAUUUUGCUCCAAAAGCAACAGUACUGAAACUCACACAUCUAGAAUGCUUACAUCCGUUGGUCAAAGAUGCAUAGCUCCAGCCACCAUGUGUUCCAUCAUGUGAAAAGGAUUAUAUUUUGGGCAGUUUUUGUUGUAAAUGGGUCUCUUUGACGGAGGAAAAAAUAUUCAUAGUUGACCAUCAUUUUCACUGUUAUGAAAGUGAUUAAGUGAUGGUGAAGGGGGAUCAUGUCAGAUCAAUUUCAAGAGAGAUAAAAUGUGGUCUUGGUUAAAAUAUUAGUAUUUAUUUAUGUGCUGAAAUUGAAUAUGUACAAUGUAAAAAAAAACAUUUACAUUUAUUUGGAUCAGUUAAAGAAUUCAAUCUAACUGUAUCUUAUCUUAAGACAUCACCAAGUAACAUAGUUAUGCUGUCUAUUGUCAAAAAAUAUCACCGUUAAUGUUUAAAUAAUGGAUGAGGAAGUCUGAAGGACCAGUAAAUUUUUUAAUAUUUAGAAUCACACCUGUGUUUUCCAGAAUUAUAUGCUGCGUUCACCCCUAUGAAAUUUAAGAGGAACAUCCUUCAAACUGAAUAUCAGCAAUACGUCUGUUUGCUGAUUGUUUAAGUACAUAGGUGCAUUUUUUUACCUGAUACAGGUUGGACAACCCUUGAUGGAGCCAGAAAUGCGAGCCAGGUUGAUGUGGAAAUUUCUGGCUAUGGUGUACGAGGUUCCAGAUUUUUAUAGGAACGAGAGAUUGACAAGUGCCUUUCAAGAACUGUGUUAUUUGUUGCCUUUAAAAAAAAAAUCUUUCUCAGAAUUGUGCUUCCAACUUUUUUAAAAACAUGGUCACCCUUUACAUUCACCUCCGUACGAGUGAAAAUAUUGCUCAACUAUGAAUACUUUUUCUUUCCUGGAGAAACCCAUUUCAAACAAAAAGUGCCUAUCAUAUAACCCUUUUCACUCCUAUGGUCACUUAGGCAGCUGGACCUAUGCACCGUUGUCAAAUGCAAGUACAAAUUCAAGAUGCUCAAGUUUCAAUUCUGCUAGUUUUGCUGCAUGCUGUAUUGUGUUAAUUUAAAAAAAUGAAAGGCUUUUAAGCUAUUCUAUUGACAUUUCAUUUUAAAGUUGAGUCUCGAAUAUGAUUAUUUACAUUGUUGUAUCACAUUAUUUAUAUCAAACUGCAAUUUAAUCAGUGUGUUUUAAUAUCUUCUCCAGGAGUUGCCAGACAAAUGGACCCAGCUCAAGAAGAAAGUAAUGCUGAUGAAGCAAGCUGUUGUGCCUCUACAGCAGAACCAGGUGGCUAAGAUCAAGAGGAAGAUGAUUUCAUUUGAUGUUAAGCAACACUCCUACAGAGAAAACUUCAGGAAGUGCCCAGCUUUCUUCUACAACUGCACAAAGCCGUAU